AUGGCCACCAUGGAUACCCUUGUUUCUCCCAAUAUCUCCUCUCUGAAGGAUCUUGAGAAAGAAUUUGCGACUCUGUUUAAAGUACUCGAGAAUAAGAAAGAAUCUGAAUCCGAUUGGGAAGAAAGAGAAAAGGCUCUUGUACGGAUGAGAGCCAUCAUUAGAUCUGAUGCAUCUACAUUAUAUUACAAAAGACUUUCUCAAGGCAUUCAUGAUCUUACUGAUGGGAUUGUUGUAGUUUUGCACAGUUUACGUACUUCUCUUGCUCUCAAAGCUCUUGCUUUAAUUACAGACAUUGGUAUUUUUGCGGGGCGUCACCUAGACUCCUAUACAUUUGACAUCAUAUUCUCAAACCUUCUUCGAUGCAGCAGCCAAAGCAAGAAAAUAAUUGCCUCCCAAACCAUCCAAGUCACCAAUACAUUCUUAUCUAAUACGCCAUUUUACUCCAAGACCAUCCAACUACUGAUGUCUGCCGCAGGAGAAAAGAACAAUCAAUUGCGACAUUUCGCCUCGGUAUAUCUCAAGACAGUACUAGAGACUCACGGAAAGAACGAAAACACAAAGGCAGCCAUGGAACGAUCCGGAAGUCAUGAUCUUGUCGAACAGAUACUCAAGAAAGGUCUAUUUGACGCGACUCCAUUUGUGAGAGAAGUCUGUCGACAGACAUACUGGGUAUUUUAUUCACUAUGGCCACCAAGAGCAGAAAGUUCCUGGCAUUCCUUUAAUAUCAACUCGGUCGUUUAUAUUGAAAGAAUUAUGCUUUCACUGGAUCCAACAACCCGAAAACAACUAGAAAAACACCGAAUUGAUGGUAUUCCAGAUUCACCACUGUGCAACAGUAGAGUGUCAAUGCCCAUGCCCCCUCGUUUACGUGUGUCAGGAAUGCCUCCACGUCAAUCUCGUCUAUCAACAACCAUAAAUGCAGUCACAGCACCUUCCCCUCGCACCUCGAUCCAAUCAAACUCACAGAUAAUAAGACGAAGAAGUACACUAAUUCGACAGAACAGCAUGCCUUCGCCUAGUACAUCCACACCUACCAUAUCGCGGAAAAGACCUUUACCAGACCAACCUUCACAACCUAAUUUACCUUUCAGACGGCCAAGAACAGUGCCACUAACCAAAACGCCUCUAAUUUCUCUCAUGUCACCUUUACCAUCCAAAUCACUCCCAAACAAUUCUCCAUUACCUUCGCCUUCUAGCUCCCCUUCCCCCUCUUCUUCUUCUUCCUUUUCUUCUUCUUCUUUACCUUUACCUUUAACUUCACCUUCUGCUGAUUCGUUUUCGUUGCUGAGGGGACUACAAAGCGAUGACACUGGAGCUAACUGCAGAUCAUUACGCUUGCUAACGACCCGAUUGCAAAAGGCCCAGCAGCAGCCAAAAUGUAAUAGGCUACCGGCAGAUGUACCUUUGCAGGUUGAGCUUUUACCCAUUCUUAUCAAUUACAUCACACAACCCACAAAGGACAUCCAACUCUACGAAACCUUGAUGAGCUGGGAAAGCCUGGCAAAUAUAUUUGUCCGGGUCUUGUCGGUGCAUCACUAUGGACCUACCUUGAUCAAGGCAAGCCAGGUAGCGGCAUCAUACCACGGUAGUAUUGCUACCCACGAACUCCGGGUGGCCAGGAUGUACAGCAAAGGGCUCCAGAGAUUGAAGGCUCUGCUGAAGCAAAGAGAACCUCAAUUGGUCCCAAUCUUGAUUGAUAUCCUUCGAGAGGCGGUAUGCACAGUCCCGCCGCGAGGAAGACAGCCGAUAGAGAACGCAAAAGGAGAUCUGACACGAGGUUUGCUAGAGUGGCUGGAUGAACUUGUGAGAGACCAUGUUGGAUUGGGAGAUGAAGAUCCGGAUAUACUCUGUGAAGGAGCAAGGUGGCUAAAGUCAAGUCUUGGGAAUGGUAAUUGUUAUGGUGGUGAAGAAGACAUAGUUUUGGCGCACCAGUGGUUUGAAGAGACUGCAAAUGUGGUCAGUAGUCUUGAGGUGCUCUUUCCUUUGGUUGAGAGAAUGAAAGACAAGCCAUUUGUGUACGAACCCCUGAUAGUUCUUGUGGGACGGUUGAAAUUGGCAAAUCAGAGAGCAUUUGAGCAGGUGUCUCGAGGUCAGGGAGGGGUUGUUGUGGAUCUUGUUCAGAAUGGAUUCUAUUCACGACCCAAUACACCACCGUCUUCGUUGGUGACUAAUACAAGUCCUAUACUUGAUGGUGAUCGAUUUUCACCCGAGCAACAUAAUAUGCAAGACCAAUUACAUCAAAUGUGGGAUGAGACUGCAGAUGCGGAAGGAAGUACAGGAAUGACAGUCGAUAUUUCCAAAAUGAUGCUUGGAUUCAAACAGUCACCUGCACUGACCAGUUUCCAAGCAAUUAUCGAGGAUGAUCUUCAACUGCCCGACCUUCCACACUCCUUGUUUGGAACCGAAUUAGACACCUUGGUUACCACACCAUCUACACGUGCUCAACUCCCCGCUCAAAAAGAACCAUUAGAAGAACUUUGUCUGUUGUCCCCAUCUCCUCCGAUUGCGGCUCCAAUUCCAAUGACACCUGAUCGUUUUGUAUUCCCAAAAGAUGCUAUUGUACGCAUCAACCAAUCUGACGAUCUCAACGCGGCAUUUUUUGUCAAAUUACAACGUUUGUCGCGUGAAACGUACAACACCACAACCGCGACCACCACCAGCAACACGAACACGAACACGGACAUGAGCAUGAACACCGACAGGGAGCCAGACAGGAGCAGGGACAUUACGGAUGGGGAGAUUGUGGAAUUGGUCAACUCGGUUUUGGUGUUUUUGGAAACUAAUGGGAGCACGAAAGCUAAAAAAGAGGCGAUUAUUUUGAUAAAGUUGAUUUUGGUUUCUCGGGCUAAUCUAUUGAGAGAACAUGACCGAGUAGAACAGCGUGAAGAGUCACUAGAGAGGUCUUUGAUUGCCUCUGCUGUUGAUGAUACUUUGGACACCUUGUUUUGUGUAUUCAACCCAGAGAUUGGGCUGAGUAUCUUGUGGGGAUUGUUGGGGGACCGGAUCCAACCCAACAAUCAAGAUAAUUCGGUUGCAACUGAAUCUCAGCGCAUUGGACUAUCGUCAUUGUUCUUACGACUUGGUAAACUAACACCCAAGGUGUCAAGUGAAUAUGUUGAGGAUUUGCUAGCAAUAGGAGGAUCAGAUAUCUUAUUACGGGGUUACAACCACUCAGAUGUAUUUGUACGACGAUCUUGUGUAGAGGCCAUAGUUGGUAUUCAUCGUGUGUUGGGAGAUGGGUGUUUGAAGAGAUAUUUUGGUAGUCUCCGGCUAGAUCAGCUAAGGGUCCUUCAACAUUACAUCACUCGAUCGACCCACCAGAACCCCCAGGCCUUAUCUUCGUCGGCCAAUGUCUAAUCAACCACACACACAUGUAUAUAAUAAUAAUUAAUUACUUGUAUAUUUACAUAUAAGAGCAAGACAUUCUGUCUUUAUUGUAGAUAAGCCUACAAAAGAAGAAUAAGAACAAAAGAACAAAAGAACCCCCUAUCGAUCCGAGGCUUUAUCAAUAAUAUCAUUUAGAUAUAGGCAUAUAAAUUAAAAAUAAGUAUUUAAAAU